UCUGUGAAAUUCAGAAAUCUAUCUCUCUUCUUCGUUAUCUCGCGGGCAACCAAUCGAGGAAAAAGCGACGGAUUGAUGCAAACGGUGGAGGAAGGCCGUGGAGAGGGCCGCCGUCAAUGAGCAAGGAAAUAUCACGUUCCUUCAGCCCUAAAAAAGACUUGUACCGAAAAUGGAAUCUUAGAACUCUGAAAAGUAUUCAAGUUCCCAACCAACUCUAAAUUUUUCCAGGCCAACACAAAUUGCAAGCCAAUUCAACCCGCUAAACAUUCAAAUGCAACCACUUUAUCACUUCGAUCCAAUAACAGGAACAUAUAUUUCUGUUAACCCACAACAUACACCUGGAUUCUCCUUUCAAAAUCUUUUAAACUCUCCAAUUGGUAAUUCUGAAGUUGAAGCUGCGACGAGGGAACGAAAAAGAAAAACGAAAAGUACGAAAAAUUCUAACAGCUCCCAAGCUUCACUUGCGAAAAAAGAUUGGACCAAAGAGGAAGAAAUUGCUUUAACAAAAGCAUGGUUAUAUAUUUCUGAGGAUGCUGAUAUUGGUACCAAUCAAAAGGGAGCAGCUAUGUGGGAUCGUAUUUUGGAGGUGUGGAGAGAGAGCAUGGGGACUGAAUGCAAUUUGGCUAGAAAUAACAAUAGCCUACAACUCAAAUGGUCCAAAAUACAAGGUGCUGUAAGCAAAUUUCAUUCCUUGUAUGAGCGUCUAGAAAGACAUCCACAAAGUGGUACAAACUCGGAGGAUUUGAUAAUAAAUGCUAUGCGGUCAUAUGAGGAUUUGCACGACACUCCUUUCAAAUUUAUCGAUUGUUGGAAAAUUUUGAUUAAAAAUCCCAAGUGGUGUUCUAAAGAACUUACAAAGGCUGCAACAUCAACGAAACAAGUGGUUGACCACAAGAUGAGCACAAUGACAGGUGAAGCUAUGGCAACAAAUGGUGAUGUUGAUGUACCUGUAUCUACCAAUAUUGAUGGUAUUGAGCGGCCAGAAGGAAGGAAAAAAUGCAAAGAAAAAAAAAGAAAGCUAAAUGAGGAAAAGGGAGUUGUGGAUGCUUUAAACAAGUUGCAAUGCACUUUAGAGAAACAAAUUAGCGUCAAUCAAGCAAACUUGGAGAUGAAACGAGAAAAUGAAGAGAAGGAGUUGAAAUUGCGGGAGGAAGUAAUGAGAAAAGAACUUGAACUUAAAGAGAAAGCUCAAAAAAUGAAGGAGGAAAUGUAUAGGAUGAAGAUGAGGGAACAAAGGAGACAAGAGCAAGAUCGGCUUAUGAACCAAGAUCUUAGCAAGCUUUCACCAACUCGUCGAGCAUAUUACGAGCUUAGGAAGAUAGAGAUCUUGAAAGAGAUGGAAAAUGAAUUUUCUCACGGGUCUAAUAUGUCAGCUAAGUUUAGGAUCAAUUCAUAUGAAGUAUUUGUUAUUAAUGUUCUUUCUUCUAUUUUUUUGUGUUUCUUUGGAUUGUAUAAUACUCAUUUGAGGAUGACAAGUUGUUGUUUGAUUGUGGUUGAAUGA